AUGACGUCCAACCCGGCCAAUGAAGGCCACGUACCCGGGCCUGCUGCAUCGAGCAGCGGCUCUCACAGUCACUCGCGCGCAGAGGACUGGAUCCCGUCGUUCCAUGACGGGGAGCUCACCGGUGAGGAUGAAGAUGCCUGCAGCCAAAUCCUCACUCUCAUUACCGGUGGCCAUACCACAACCCUUCACAAGUGUGGUAUUAUCGAAGCGUGGAAGGGUGUGACACGCCAACUGUACCCCUAUUUUCAGAAAGAGGACUGGGCUUGGGUUAGCACAACCGUACUCAAGUACGCGACCAUGCAAGAGUUUUACAAAAUGACUGCCCACCAUAAAAAGAAGCCUUUCGCGACCCUGGGCUUUACGGUACCAGCGAAUUUAAUCGAGGACCUCGACGAGGGCUAUGCGGAGUACCUCGAGGCCAACCAUUCCGAGUAUUUCGAGGCCAACAAGCACAGGAUUCCCAAGAAGCACGUUCCGGUCGCCUCGCCUUCCAUCGAGGCAGGGGAGUCGUCCAAACGGAAACAGCCCGAGCCCGAGCAGCCGAAGGACGUCGAGUCCCGAAAGAAGUUGAAGAACGAGAUCACCAAGUCCCGCGAGACCGAUCCCAAGAAGCCAGAGGCCCCAGAGACCAGCGCGCUCAAGGAGAUCACUAUGUCGCUCCAGCCAGAAUCAAUCUGGCCUGGCCCUUCCACUCCCAGUGCCCCCGUCGCGACCAGACAACCAAGCAAGAUUGAAUCAAUGAUCUUGGCAGGGAGGAAGGACCUCAAGGAGUUCUUCCAAAUUUGCAAGUACGAUAACAUCGCCCUCGAAAAGGGUGGAUUCCCUUUCGAAGUACGAGUUCCUGAUGGAUUGAGCCCCGCCAUGGCUGAGCGCGUGUACCGCCACAAAGAUCAGGUGACCAAGAUCAGCAAAAUGCUCGACCCGAGGCUUCGUCUUUUGUGGAUUGACCACGACAAGUCAACCUUCCUCGUCCUCAUGAAGAGCGACCCGAAGGUCAAUUACUGUGACAUCGGUUCGUACCCAGCAUCUUGGUGGGCUCUCAAGGCCUGGUCCGGAAGUGCGGUGAAUGGUCAGGUGGCUACUCUCAGCGACUUCAUCCGGAACCACGAAGAGAAGGUCAGAUGUGAGAGCGUCGAGACCCAAAACAAGGUUCUGAAAGACUUGGCUCAAAAGAGCCAGGAUCAGGCAAAGGGAAACGAGGACGAGAUGUUGGCGUCGAUUCGUCGGGGCUCCGACGAAGCGCAGCUGGGGGCGCUCCGUGCAAGAGUCUCACAAGAUCUCUUCAAUUCCAAGUUCAAGAGAACGGCACGAUGGAACAGGAUGGUCAACCUUUAUCUGAAUGGUGAACAAAUGACGCGUCCUCCAGGCCAGCUUGCGCCGAGCCUUUCGCUUAAUGACGUCAGGAUGGCCAUUCAAGAUACUUGGUCUGUCUACAAGGGCGACGAUCAAAUGGAGGAGAAUGCCCUAGAAGCAACAGACUGGGCAUGGAAGAUGAAGAAGGAGUUCGAAGAGGAUGAGAUCUUCUCCAUGAGUACAUUUCAGAUCAUGGAAAGACUUGGGCUAGCAGAAUAG